UCCGCACACACCACCACACCACGCGCCUCGAUCUCCCAUUUAAACCACGGCAGACGCCACGCACCCCUGUCCUUCCCCCUUUUCGAUCCUCUCUUACCUUGCUGCUCCAUGAAAAGCAUCUUCGAGCAAUCGAGCUAGCUAGUUAGCACCUGUUCUGCAUGCAUGCACUCUUAAACCGCUUCUUCUUCAUUUCGCGGCAUUUCUGUAAUUCUAUUCAGACCAGACCGGCUGCUGAGAUCUAGCUAUAGCUUGAUUGAUUUGUGUCUGUGUGAGAGAUUGAGAUGGAGGCAAAGGCGCAAGGUGGGAAGAGAAGCAGGACGAAUGGUGGCAGCGGCACGAUGACGGUGGACAGGAAGGAAGUGGAGAGGGAGAGAAGGCAACACAUGAAAGAGCUGUGUGCACAGCUCGUCUCCUUAAUCCCAAAAGAACACUGCCCCUCAACUGAUACAUUGUCCCUGCUGGGCAGCCUGGACGAAGCAACAACGUACAUCAACAAGCUUAAGGAGAGGGUGGACGAGCUACACCAAAGGAGAAGCUUUGCACAGGCCGAGGCUAGGCUAAGAGGAGGAGCUUGCAGUUGCGUCUCGACGCUCAUGAAUUGUGGCACAGGAUCUAAGUUAGAAAGUGUGAAAGCCGAGAAAGCAUCCGUGGCGCCAGUAGUGGAGGUGCGAUACCACGUCGAUUCAAGCAUGGAGGUGUUUCUCAUAUGUAGCACUGAGAGGUCGAUCAAGCUCCACGAGGUCAUCACCAUCCUCGAGGAAGAAGGGGCGGAAGUUGUCAACGCCAACCAUUCCGUGGCAGGACAUAAAAUCUUCUACACCAUACACUCUCGGGCCUUCAGCUCAAGAAUUGGCAUAGAUGAUUCAAGGGUCGCUGAAAGACUGAGAGCAUUGGUAUGAUAUGAAAUCAAUUUAUAUGCAUUAUUAUACAUUACAAAAAGCAAUAUAUGAAACAUUUCACGGGCAUAGACGAUGUUUAGCUAGUUAUUGACUGCAAGGGGGUCGAACAGCCUAGCUAACAUCUUCUCUCACAACGUGAUCAUUAUAGAAAAAUAAUACUUAUGUAAUAAUAUUUCUUCAAGUUUGGCUGACACAGCUUGUUGUAUGUGCUGGAGUUUAUUUCUUGGAAAGGAAAA